GCAGGCGGGCGUGCGGGCGUGAGGUUGCUGGUGGCCGGCGAGGCCACGCUGCGAGAGCAGCUGCCGCCGCCUGGCACCAUUGCACCAUGUCCGGGCAGCUGGAGUGUUGCGAGCGCGAGUGGCACGAACUGGAGGGAGAAUUUCAGGAACUGCAGGAGACCCACAGGAUCUACAAGCAGAAGCUGGAGGAGCUGACCGCUCUGCAGACGCUGUGUAGUGGUUCCAUCAGCAAGCAGAAGAAGCGCCUCAGGGAUCUGAAGCAUACACUCCAGAGGUACAAGCGCCAUGCCAGUCAGGAGGAGGCGGAGCUCGUCCAGCAGAUGAGCGCACACAUCAAGGAACGGCAGAAUGUCUUCUUCGACAUGGAGGCCUACCUGCCCAAGAAGAACGGGCUGUACUUGAAUCUGGUCCUUGGCAAUGUGAAUGUGACCCUCCUCAGCAACCAGGCCAAGUUUGCCUACAAGGACGAGUAUGAGAAGUUCAAGCUCUACCUAACCAUAAUCCUGCUUCUGGGUGCCGUGGCGUGUCGCUUUGUUCUUCACUACAGGGUGACGGACGAAGUCUUUAACUUCCUGCUCGUGUGGUAUUACUGCACCCUUACCAUUCGGGAGAGUAUUCUCAUCAGCAACGGCUCGAGAAUUAAAGGUUGGUGGGUGUCUCAUCAUUACGUCUCUGCAUUCCUGUCUGGAGUGAUGCUGACCUGGCCUAAUGGACUAAUUUAUCAGAAGUUUCGCAAUCAGUUUUUAGCAUUUUCAAUUUUUCAGAGCUGCGUCCAGUUCCUACAAUACUAUUACCAGAGGGGCUGCCUCUACAGGCUGCGGGCCCUGGGCGAGAGGAAUCACCUGGACCUCACGGUGGAAGGGUUCCAGUCCUGGAUGUGGCGAGGUCUCACCUUCCUCCUGCCUUUCCUCUUCUGUGGUCAUUUCUGGCAGCUCUACAAUGCGGUAACACUGUUUGAACUCUCCAGCCAUGAGGAAUGCAGAGAAUGGCAGGUGUUCGUGCUGGCGCUCACCUUCCUGGUCCUCUUCCUUGGCAAUUUCCUGACCACACUCAAAGUUGUACAUGCCAAACUCCAGAAGAACAGAAACAAGACAAAGCAGCCGUGAACCUCAGGACU